CCCAACCUAGUCACCUCUGACCUCGCGAGACCUCACAGAAGGACAAAGCUGCCCGAGUUCCGGUUUACGUGAAGAGAAAAACCGUCAUAGGAAGCAGGGUGAACAUGGCAACGGCAGAACAAGGGUCUCCCACCGGAGUUGGUCAGAACUGCUGUGAUGGGUCUCCCAUUGGAUUUUUUCAGCUUGUCAACUUGAAUAACGCUGGUGAGAAACCCUACAUGUGUGGGGAGUGUGGAUACAGGACAGCUAAAAAGUCUCACUUAUCUCAGCAUAUGAGAACCCAUACAGGCGAAAAAUCCUACAAGUGUGACCAAUGUGGCUAUUCUUCUGCACGGAAAGCUAAUUUGGACCAGCAUCUUGCAAAUCACACCGGUGAGAAACCCUACAUGUGUGGGGAGUGUGGGUACAGGACAACUUACAAGUCAGCCUUAUCCCGACAUAUGAGAACCCAUACAGGAGAAAAACCCUACAAGUGUGACCAGUGUGACUAUUCUGCAGCAGAGAAAUCCAAGUUGGACAGACAUGUACGAAAACACACCGGUGAGAAACCCUACAUGUGUGGGGAGUGUGGGUACAGGACAGCUGAAAAGUCUUACUUAUCCCAACAUAUGAGCACCCACACAGGAGAAAAAACCCUACAAGCGUGA